UAGUUACUGUAUACUGCUCAUAUUCAGUUUCAGUGUGCUGGUGAUCUGCCGGUUACGGUCUUCGGUCUACCGCCUGCUUCAGUACGAUUCUGACUACCCAAGUGUUCACAUGUCAUUGUCAUUUCAUUAUUUUUCAAUUUUUUAUGAAUCCUGAAUUUGAAACUCCAAAAAUUAAAAUUUUGCCGCAAAACAAAUUUCGUUUUUUUUCAUUUGAACGGUAGAAAUUUUUUGAGAAUUUAAAAAAAAAUUUUCGGGAUUUUUAUUUUGGAGUUUAUAUUUUCGGACAGUGGAUUUAAAUAGUGACUGAAAAUAAAAAACUUGAGUGGAUUAAUUUAAUAUUUUAAGACUAGAAAAGAAAAAAAAAAUAAACAAUUUGACAGUUUUAUUGAACGACUUUUGGUGAAUUCACGGUGAAUUUAAGAACUUGUUUGGUGGGUUGUUUUUAAGUGGGAGAAAGAAAAAUAAAAAAGAGCACAAGGGAGCUGGAAGAAUUCGGGAACGCAAAGUAAGAUUCGAACCCUCGACUUUAGUUCAGUUCUCUAGUUUUUUUGCUCUACCAACUUUAUGCUUUUUGCCCUGUGUUACUCCCGGCGUUUUUGUAAUUAUUAUUAUUACAAUACAUCACUAAUUUUACUCGCCCUAUAAUUUAAAUCGUUUUUUUAUUUUGCUAAAAAAUAUUUAUUAUAAAUAAACGAAAAAAUAAAUUUAAAAUAAAACCGGUGCGUGUUUGUGAUCCAACGGGUGGCGAAAAAUGUAAACUGCAUCAAGCUGUAAAAUUAUUUUUUACGAAUAUAAAUUAAACAUUCAUGUGAGAAACUAAUCAUUAAAAGCUUGGAUAUUUAUCAUUUUAUUAUUUUCGAUUAAAGGAUGCCGCCACCUGAUCGCCAGCGUUAAAACAGGCCUUUAAAAAAUGGCCUCAAUAUUAGGGGACGGCACAGGCCCCGGUGGUCCAGGAUCGACAAGGUGCCUGCUCCUUUUGCAAAGGUCCCUGGCCAUCCAAUUAAGUCGCGGACCUACGCCUAUGGUCCUUGCCACCAUCCAACAUGACACCAUCAAGGAACACCCGGCAGACGAGAUGUGGAUGUACGACAAGGGCUACAAUCUCUUCCAGAGCUUCUUGGAGGCUAAUUCCAAGUGCUGGUGGAAUGCAGCAUUGGUAGACGCAACUCGUCAAUUAAGAUACAAAGGACAUGUAUCACCAGGUGUUUUGAUGGUCGGUGGACCACCUUGUGCCUUGGAAGUACUUAGAGCAGCUUGGUCUCGAAAUGUCUUAAGACCACCAGCUGAUCAUGCCAUCACAUGCCUUGGUGACAUUGAAGACUGUUUAGUAGCCCCAGUGUCUCAAGGACAAUUUACACCGUUACCAGAAGCACUUUGUUGGGCAAUACUAGAGUUAACGUCCCAACGACAGGCCGCGACACUGGACACCCUGCGUUCGGCUUUGAGAAAUGCAUUUCCCACAAUGCAGCGACCGAACCGCGAGCUCGUCUACGACGCUCUGGCGAAACUGAUGCAGGAGCGUAAAAUUUAUCAUACCUCGCAGGGGUACUUCGUGGUGACACCCGAGACUAAAAGAUUGAGACGGGAUUCCAGCGGCUCGCGGAGAAAUUCUCGCGAGGUCGGUAGCUGUCGCGGGCAGGGCAUGCUCAUGAGCAAUGACGAAGCAAUGGCGCUUGUACAUGGCGAGAUGCUCACCCUCAGGGACGGUAAUGUGACGCAUCAAGCCGUACAAACUAAUUUAGCGGACGUUAUUUGUGGAGGAAAUCCGAAUGAUAAAAUUCUAUUCGCACGAUGUCGUUCAGUACCCGGUCGUUUGGAACGAAGGCAUUCGUUGCGACUGUGGGGUUCAGCUCGUCGACUUCACAGGAGCGGAAGUUCACGAUCACUGCCAAGAAGACCGGAACGAAGUGACACCUCGUCAAGCGCCGAGUAUGCGAGCACUGAUAGCGCGCCUCACAGUCCCACUAGUCUUUCUGGAUUGUUUACAGAGAAGAUAGGCUUACUAUCAAGGCUCUUUCGGCGCAGUAGUCGGAGAAAGGGUGCACCGUUGAUGGGCACUUUUAGUGCUCAGUAUCCGCCAACAGAAUGGUUCAACCCGAGGGUCGUUCAUCUCCACAGCGUGGCAACGCAGACCCGAGCAGUCAGUCCAUCGAUGAUGGAAGGGUUAGACCAGUCACAGGCCAGUUUUCAAGUAUGGGACGACUCAAGUUCCGUGCGAUCGGCAACGUUACCCCGACGACAUCGCCGUCAGCCGAGCGGUGACUCAACCAGUCUGCUUGCCAACUCAACCCCGCGUAGCUCGCGGCGUCAUCGGUCCCCAUGUUCAACUCUCCCGCGUUCUAAAUGCUCGAGUCUAAGUCGCUGUACGUCCCGCGCUUCUGUGCUGCCGCCCAACACCGCCAUAAAUUCCGAUCCGUAUCACCAAUCCCGUCCCCAGCUACCCAACGGCAAACACUCCAGCAAUUCAUCGCCGAGUCGUAGCGGUGGUAGUUCUGGUUCUGUCCGCGUAACUACAAUCACCUCCACAAAUAAUAAUAACAAUAGUCCAAAUAAUAACAAUCACACAAAUAAUAACAACAGUCUUCAUCAUCACAAUAAUAGCAAUAGCAAUAGUCCAAGCCCAGCAAAGACUGCAACACUGGGAAGGUCAAGCACUCGGCAUAGCUCCAGAAGACCAAGUCACGACUCAACUGGUAGCGGCACCAAGUCUUCGAAUAGUUCACCCCAACAUAAGAUACUGCAGAAGACAUCGUCAAUGCAUUCAUCAACUCAUCUAACGGCUAAAUCCGUGUCCAGUGGUAAAUUAUCAUCAACGUCAUUAUCAUCAUCCCCACUUAAGACAUCAAUUACCGCGGCUGCCAAGUCAUCGCCGCUAAAGGUCAUACAGCAGGGAUCAUUAACGCCGCUUCAGGAGGCCCAGAAUUCAAUCACUCUCCAAGUAUCAACGAAUCUGAGUCCCGUGAGUCCCCCGCAGGAGCGUGGCAGCAUUUCAAGCAGCGUUACGCUCGCCUCAAAUGCCUCCAGCACUACGACCAUCAGCGGAUCACCCGGGACUAAGAUUUACGUCCAUCAAAACAACUCGCCAAUGCGCUCGGUGAUUACAUUCGAAAAUGGCACUACCAAGAGCAGCAUCAUUGACAACAAGGAGGAGAAAAUUUGCAGCAAAGAGAAGCAGGAGCUGGUGAGCGAGAAGGUGCAGAAGGCGAUGAUGAUGGAGAAGGAGAAACUGCUCAGCAAAGGGGAGGACGAUAAGCCCAUAAAGAAAGUAAAUGACGACGAAUGGAAGAUGAUGAAGAUCGAGAGACCCUCGUCGCUGUACACCAGCAGCAAAGACGGCAAGUCCGAGUCAGACAAAGAGAACAAGCCUAAAGUUGAGGAAGAGAUGCCCAAUAAGUUGAAGCUGACCAAUCGGCUGAAUAAUAGUCAGGCGCAUUUGAUCGACGGCUCGAUGAAUAAUAUCGACAAAUGCACCAACGGAUUGUCUAACGACCACUCGGCUGUCGUUACCGGUUCCACGAUGAAGAACACCAACGACGCGAUGAACAACUCGCGGAAGUUGAGCCUCUCGCUGUCCAAGGACGCGCUGAGCUUCAGGAACCUGCUGCACCCUGGAUCUAAGAACAACAUCGCCUCGAACCCGCCCUCGCCUACGAAAUCCUUCGACGGGUUCGGGGGCUCGUAUAACAACGUUUACAUUGAGAACCUGGACAACGUCAAGUCCCGACGCGCGCCCCAGGGAUCGGAACCGAACCUCGACAAGAGCAUGAGCCGCGCGGAUCUUUACUCCUACCCAAGCCUCAGUGACAUGCAGGUACAAUUCACGAGCUUGGCGGCCCAGAAAAUCCUUAAAGGCUGUCCUAUUAACAGCGUCGACACUCUCGUUGAAGUUAAUAUGGCGGCUGAUAAACCUAAUAAUCGUGAUGUUACCGUACAUACUGAUUUUGGUCUUGUUUAAAUUAUUUUUCAUUAACUAUAAAUUAUAUAUAUUGAUAUUUUGAUUUUUAAAAUAUAAAAAAAAAAAAAUAGUUAGAAUUCUUGGUUAUGUUUGAGGAGUUUGCGCCGCGAGCCAUAGGCGCGUGCAGCGAACGAGUCCACAUUUUUAUGAAAAAUAUGUGAUAUUUUUUGUAAAAAAAUUUUUUUAAUAAAAUAAAAGUAAUUAAAUCGAACAAAAUUUUUUAUUUUAUAAAAUUUUUGAAUCCAUUUCAUUACUGUUCGCUUUGAGCGAAUAAUUAUUUUAGAAAUUGCCAAUAAAAAAUCAAAAUAUCAAUAAGUAUUAAAAAAAAUGAAUUAAAAUUGAAACGAAAAUUUAACCAAAAUAAUGAGUGUGUGUAGCAGACAUCAGACAAAUUCAAAAUUAUUAAUAAAUGGAGUGAAUAAUUAAUAAAAUAAAAUUUGAAAAAAAUGCGCAUGUAGAAAUUUUUAAAAUUAAUAAGUGCAUUUUUUCGAAAUAUUUUUUUUUUAAUUAUUUACUCCAUUUAUUUAUAAUUUCAAAUUUCUCUGACGUCUGCUACAUUGACACUCGUCCAAAAUAUUGUUUAUUGUUUGUUUUUGUUUCUUUUGUAAGUCAGUAAGCAAAAUGAGCUUAGUAGAUAGUAAAAAAAAAUUCGUCUCAUCAGAGUAAAAAAAGUUAACGAAGGAUCAAAAAAAUUAGGCAGUGAUUACAACGAAUAAUAAGUAAACUAAAACUAAAAAAAAAAAAGUAUUCACUAGUUUAACUAAUUAAUGGCCUGUAAUAUAUUUUAUACAUAGCGAUCGAGUUAAAUAGUGCGUCACGAAACGAAAACCGGCCCGUAUUGAGUACAUCAAUCAAAUUACUAUUUGUAAUGAGUAAAAAUAAAAAAAAAAAAUUAAAUACGUAAUUUGCCAUGAUUUCGACUUUAUUUGGCUCGUAAAAUAUCUGAUUUAUAUUUAAUGUAUAUUUAAUUUGCGAAAUAAAGUAAAAUAAAAAUAGAAUUAAAAAAAAAAAUGAUUGUUAAAUAAUUUACUGUAGAUAAAAAAAAUACUCUGCUUAAUUAUUGUUGUUAAUUAAGAAGCGGAGACAUCUGAAUCAUCGAGCUUCCUCGCAGUUGAUCAAGGCCUCUCGGGGCUCAAUUAAAUAUAAACUUCAAUUAAAACUCUUAAAUAAAUAUUGUUAAUAAUUAAUUAACGAAUACUACUAGUGUCAGUGUCAUUAUCGAAAUUUUAUUAUUAUUAAUUAUUGUUAUUAUUAUAUAUGUGGUUUUUUUU